ACUAUCGAGACCCCUACCUACCUGCCUGCCUGUUCCUUUGCACCGCUCGCGCAGUCGCCAGACACCAUGGAUCCGGCGGGUCUGCUACCCGUCGACGUGCUCGCGGACGUCCUCGGCGCUUGAUGCCGCGCAGCCUCGCCGCCUGCCGCUCCGUCUGCAAGGGGUGGUGCGCCGCCGUCGACGCCCACGGCCUGCUGCGCAAGGACCUCCUGCCGCUCUCCCUGGCCGGCAUCUUCACCGUCUACAACUUCGUUGACGGCUAUCACCUUCCCCCGGCGUUCCUCUCGCGCCCCUCUGUCGCGGGCAAGAUCCAAGGUAACCUCAGCUACCUCGACGACGUCCACGAUGACUGGUCCCACAUUAUGGGUCACUGCAACGGCCUCCUCCUCCUCUGGGGAGGCGUUGCCAAUCCGGCCACGCGGCAGUGGGCGUGUCUACCGUGUCACCCUGAUCAGAGCUUCAUCAAACACGACUUCCUCGCAUACGAUCCAACGCUCUCGCCACACUUUGAGGUAUUCUUCAUGGAGUGUGUUCGCCACCGGUCCCAGAACGAGGCCGCCUUCGACCCCUCGAACCCAAAGUCGGAGUGGCCCCCGUCGCCCUACACCAUGAGCGCAUUCUCGUCAAAGACAUGGCGGUGGGAGGAGAGAUCUUUUACCAGGGAAGGGAUGCCUCCACGAUCGAUCGACCCUAACAUACUACUACUCAUGAGAGACGUGUACUCUUAUGAAUCUGUGUAUUGGCGGGGACGUCUCUAUGUGCUUAACAUAUUUUUUGUUAUCAGAUUGGAUUUAGAGGAUAAUAAGUACCGAGUAAUUGAACUCCCCCCGAUUAAUGAAGCACGCGGACAUAUUAAUUUGGGAAAAUCGGAGAAGGGCGUUUACUAUGGAUUCGUCGGUGGUUGGUGCAAACUUCAGAUUUGGUUUCUCAGAGAAUCAAUUGAUCACACCGAAUGGAUGUUGAACCAUGAGAUUGGCCUCAAGCCGUUGCUAGACAAAUUUCCUUGGGAACACAGUCAUGGCUCUUGGUUCGUGCAAGGUUUGAGGGAUAACAAUGAUGAAACACUUGACAGAGAGAAACUGGAAUGGGAUUCAGACAACGAUGAUGCCACUACUGCUCCUGCCACUGAAGUUAGUGUUCAGAAAAAGUUCCAUAAAUACAUUUCGAGGAUACUUGGAUUUCAUCCUUACAAGGGGAUUAUCUUUUUGCACAUAUCAGACACAAGAGUAGUGGCCUACCAUCUUAAGAACUCCAAGGUUGAGGAUUUGGGGUGCUUACCCGUAGAUGGCGAUGAUUGGAUACAAUCGUCCUGUGUAUACACGCCUUGCUGGAUAGAGAGCUGCUUGAGAGCAAAUAGUGUAGAACCCAAUAGUGAGCUCUAGAAUGUAUUUACGUUGGAUUCCUUAACAUCCAUAUGCAAGCAUAUUAAAACAUAAUCUCUAUUCCUGAGUGGAGCUUUACAGGAUGGAAGCGAGUGGCGCGGCACAAUUGGAGGCGGUCCAUGCAGCGGAUUGGGUCUCUGCAGAAGCAGGCUCGAUGACCUCUGGAGAGGCACCGAAAGCAUCGAUCCCUAAGCCAAGCAUCGAUCCCUGAUGUUUCUCAACAUCACGACUCUCAUUGCUCGUUGACAUCCCUACUAUCUUGUUAACAGUAUGCAUCGUGACCAAUUUUGUACGGCUACUCAGCUUUGGGAUACAUAGUGUUUGGUUCUGGCAUUGUAGCCGUUGAAUUCUAGUACCAUAUUCUAUUGUAGUUGGCUUGUUGCAUUAAACAAAAUGGCAUUAUUUGGAAGCAAAAUUUCAGAUUGUUGGAAAUAAAAUUCC